GUCAAGACAAUAAUGAUUUUUUGAGAUGUCUAAUAAAUUUAUGAUUACUGAAAUUCUUCAAGAUCCUAUCGAAAAAUCAUCAAUUACACUAAAUAGCUCUUCAAUUGAUUCUACUCCUUUAGUUACAUAUUUCAUCAGUUCUGUAUCAAUUCGAAAUCCACAGUGUACAGUUUCUACAAUAAAUAAUUUCACAUCAAAUAACUUGGAUUUAUCCAACAGUAUUCAACAUACUAUUUCAUUCAUAGAUCAUGAUCAUGCUGUUAAGCAUAAAAACUAUGAAAUACAAAUAGGAUUGUGUUCCAACUCAUUAAACUUAUUCAAUCCAAGGGUUUACACAAAGUAUCUAUCAAAUUUAUUUAAAUCCGAAUUGAAUAAUCACUUACUCAGUCAACCAACACAAAAUGAGACUGAAAAUCAAGUUGGAUUAAGCAGCAAUAAUAAUUGUUUAGAAGAUUAUUAUUAUUAUUAUCCUCAUCAUCAUUCUAUUAAUGAUAAACAAUUAAAAGAAGAAUUUUUAAAACUUUUCAACCUAAUGAUUUCCAAACAGACUAAUGAAUAUAAUUUUUCACAACCUAAACUAUCUGAAGAUGUUGAAUGUAAAGAUGAUAAUGAUAACAGUUUGUUAUUAGUAAAUGAUACUGAGAAAAAUUCUUCACAUAAUUGUCCAAAAAAUCAAGCUCUACUGGUUACUAACUUAAUUUUAGAAGUUCUAGAUCUAUCAUCUUCGAAAAUUAACCAAACUAAUCGAUCCAAACAUCGGCGUAACUUAUGGCCUAAAAUAUUCAAAGAAUUGGAAUUCAAUUGUAAACCAAUUAUUGCAACUGAGGAUUAUCCUCAACGUAGCAGUAGUGGUAAUAGUAGUAAUCAAUUUUCCAAACCAAAUUAUCUAUUCGGUUAUGAAUCUUCUGACAGUUAUACAAGUAUGGUUGAUAUGGUUAAAUCGGAUGAUGAUCUAUCACAAAAAUGGUGUUUGGAAUCUGAUGCAAAUACAAAAGCAAAUAGUUACAAUGAAAAACGGUUGAUAAAAAGAAAAUUUCGUAAAAGCUUUCUACCUAAAACUAAUCAAACAUUUGAAUUCGAACGUAAACAUAGACAAGCUUAUUCAACAGAUCAACUUGAACGUUUAGAAACAGAAUUUGAAAAAGAUAAAUAUUUAAAACUAAACAGACGGAUAGAAUUAUCAAAUGAAUUAAAUCUAACUGAGACACAAAUUAAAACAUGGUUUCAAAAUCGUAGAACUAAAUGGAAAAAGAAAUUAUACUGGUUGAAUUCUGCAAGCCGAUUAUCAGUAAAUUCUGUUAAACACGAAAAUAGUUCAUGGUCAAUAUCUAAUAAAUCCACUACGAACAGUGAACAACAAUCUGUAGUAAAUAACUAUUAUACAAGUUUUAUACCUACUCAAUUUCAUUGA